UUCGGCAUCUCGUGCUGCAUCUCCCAAAGUCGGCAAAACACUCUUUCGCAACCAAAGAAUUCCGGCAGCAAACAGUCCUCUCUCUGGCUGAACUCUCCGCUCUGGCCCCGACGACUAGUUGGGUCUCUGAUUCUCUCCGCUCCGUCCACUGUGUCCCAUGGAGGAAUACGGCCUCGAUGACGGUCGAUCGGCGGCAGAAGGGGACUCCCUUCUGGGGACCGGCUUAACGACGCGCCAUCUGGAGGCAUUUGGCCGAAAGGUGACCUCGACAGCAAAUCAUUUAAUAGGCCCUGCAUCCGACCCGACGGCCAGUCACCACUAUCAACAUGCCAUGACCGAUAUACACCGCGAGUUGCGGCGUCCUACCGUGCAGCGCAGGAUAUUCUCCCUGGCCCAUACAACCCCGACAGAUCUCGUCCGCUCCAAACUGUCGACCGCUGAGAUCCAGUCGCGCGCAAUAGCAUCCGUUCCGGACGAGCUGCUCAACAAUAUCCCCGAAGAUUCGAGCACAUACUCUUUAUUCCAAGGCUUCCAAGCCUCUCUGCCCGAAGACGACCUUGACCACAGAAGAUCUCACCGAAGACGAUCUUCAAAAGGCCAGAAACAGCUCAAUGAUGUGGAAAGAGGAGGCGCGCUGCCUUCCUCGGCGGGCGGUCUGAAGAAGGAGCGGGAAGUUCUGAACCACAGGCUGGAGAUGAUGGGCAUUCGCAAGAACAUGUGCAGCGCAGAGAUACAUGAGAUUGAUACUAAAAUCGCGAACCUGCAUAAUAUGCGCAAGAUUGUCCUGGACCGGCUGGCCGGUCUGGAAGUUGAUGAGGCAGAGAUCGAGCGCGAAUUGAUUGAGAUCGAUAAUAAAUUGGAGGAAGUAGGAGAAGAGGAGGAAGCUGAGGAAACUCCAGUUACUGCGACGACUCCGAAGUCUUCCGAUCCUAACGGUUCCUUAUCAUCCGAAGACCAGGCCAUGGAUGCAUCUUUUAUGUCCGAGUCGAUCUACCAGAAGUUGCCGUCGCCCAAGACUAAGAAAUACCGCUCUAUAAGAAAACGUUCAAUGCCUAUUCUGCAUGAACAUUUCGAGCCCGGCUCCCUCAUCAAGGAGAUACAAGCGCAUAACGAUAUUAUCACGGCUCUAGACUUCGAUUUCCCAUUCGGCACCAUGGUCAGCGCUGCAUUGGAUGAUACUGUUCGGGUCUGGGAUCUCAACUCGGGGCGUUGCCAGGGAUUUUUGGAGGGUCACCAUGCCUCCGUGAGGUGUCUCCAGGUCGAGGAGAACAUUGUUGCUACGGGUUCCAUGGACGCGUCUAUCCGUCUCUGGGAUCUGAGUCGAGCCAAAUUCGCUCCCAAAGAUAACCGCAUCAACAGGAGCAGUUCCGAAGAUGAGGACGAUGGACUCAACUAUGGCGAGGACGCGCACCCUCCACCGGCCCCGUCCAGCAUGGAAGAUUGCCCUAUUUUCUCCCUUGAGGCUCAUGUGGCCGAGGUGACGGCCAUUCACUUCCGAGGGGACACGCUGGUGUCUGGCUCUGCAGACAAAACCUUGCGACAGUGGGAUCUGGAGAAGGGACGUUGUGUGCAGACUCUGGAUGUUCUCUGGGCAGCUGCCCAAGCCGAAUCGUUAAUGUCUUCGGCCAACACCUCCGGCUGGCGACCUUCGGGGCGACUUCCUGACGCCUCUGCCGACUUUGUCGGUGCCCUCCAGUGCUUCGACGCAGCCCUGGCAUGCGGCACUGCUGAUGGUAUGGUUCGCCUUUGGGAUCUGCGAAGUGGACAAGUCCACCGUAGCCUGGUGGGACAUACAGGACCUGUGACCUGCUUGCAGUUUGACGAUGUACAUAUUGUGACAGGUAGUCUCGACCGCAGUAUUCGGAUCUGGGAUCUUCGAACUGGAUCCAUUUACGAUGCCUUUGCUUACGACAAGCCCAUCACUAGUAUGAUGUUCGAUAACCGUCGGAUUGUGGCUGCAGCUGGAGAAAACGUCGUCAAGGUCUACGACAAGGGAGACGGCCACCAUUGGGACUGCGGUCCCGGGGUGGGCAUCGAUGAGGAUGAUAGUGCUGCUCCUUCCACGGUGGAGCGCGUCCGCCUGAAGGACGGCUAUCUCAUCGAAGGCCGUAGAGACGGCGUGAUCGGCGCGUGGACAUGCUGAAGUGACCUCGAUUUGACGAUUCCAUAACCCAACUCCACUACGUCGCGGUGAGCACUGCAUUUUCACCCUCUACGAAGGAGACACCUCCUGUAUACUAUUUUCAUGGUUAUAGACUGUAGGGCUGGCGACAGUCUUAGUAUGGGGGAUGAUCUGUAGAAUAACGUGUGCCAUGGGCU